UGCUUUCUCAUCUCCUUCCCAUAUUCGAGUUUUCAAUAUCUUAGCACUUUAUUGAAGGAGCAAUAUACUUUGAGAUACAAACAGCUAGCAUGGCUUUGAGUUAUAAUGCACGAGGGUUCCUUCUGCUUCUAGCUGCUGCCUCUCUACUGGCAGCGAGCGAGGCCAGAACCCUCGUCGUUGGAGGCUCUGAAGGCUGGCGUUAUGGCUUCAACUACACCGAUUGGGCUUUCCAAAACAGCCCCUUCUACAUAAAGGACCAAUUGGUGUUCAAGUAUGAGAACGACUCUGGUUACAGCGUGUACCAGCUCCCAAACCUGUGGAGCUACAUAAAGUGCGAUUUCAGCAAAGCCAAGCUGUUGGCAAGUGAGACGCAGGGAACUGGUGAGGGCUUCAAGGUUGAGCUGACUGAGUGGAGGCCAUCUUACUUUGCCAGUAGUGGGAAGGAUGGCAAGAACUGCAAGGAUGGGCUCAUGAAGUUGUUUGCGGUCCCACUGCCACGUUGGAAUUAAUCGCACUAUUUUCCAAACUGCUCUCUUUUGGGGCUAUAUAUACACACACACCAGAUUGAUUAUGCAGUUGAAUAAUUCUGGAGGGUUAUGAUUGAAAAUAAGGGUGAAGGGUUUCCUUCUUGAUUUCCCAUGAUACGCUGUACGAGUUAUAGUGGGGAAAAAGUGUUUGAAUAAUUUGCCUCUGUUUCUUGAUUUUCAUGUUCACAAUAAAGAUUAUUUUGUUUGAACUUUCUUUUA